CAUAUCUUACAACUUGGAAAAUAUUACACACAAAAACAUGAUUGUAAAAAGGAGGAUUUUUCAAAAAGUAAAAUUGAGUAUAACGUAAAAGGAGGAAUAUCGUCUGCCUCAAAAUCUGUUUCAAGGGGUGAAAUAGGGAUUGAAGAAAAUACCGGUAUGUUACCUCUUCGAAAUAAUUCGGAAGAAUUCAAAUCUUUUCCUAUCCGUCCGUCUAUGAACGAAAAUCUAGUGGAAACUACAAUUGAUAUUCCUCGCACAGAAACUCUUACAAAUAAAGAUACAAAUAAUGGUUUAGCAAGAAUGGAAUCUCGAAUCUCAACUUCAAAUGGAAUAAACCCUGGAGUAACACGAAUCGUUAAGAUUGGCGCAACACCAUCUUAUAAAAUUAUUUCAAACACCUACAACAACAGAAUUCACGAAGAUAAAUCAUUCUACUUUUUCAAAGAAAACUUCACUAUUCAUGAUCAAUUUUUGAACUAUUGGUCCAAACGGAACUCUACACAGUGCAAUGGUAAAUUUCAAGGAUUUGCUAACAUCUUUGUCCGGUGGAUGAAUAUUACAAUCGACUCAUCUAAAAGUCGAGGGGCGUAUGGUGGGGAGAACGUUUCUCAAGUUUUACGACAGAGGGAAUACAGUGAGAUGCUAAACCCUAAAAAGGGAUUCUUUCAAAUAGACUGUAGAUAUCGAUUGAAGUACACAUUUGCCAGGUAUAUGAAUAUGCGAGGGCAUUUGCCAACCUGGCUGAACAUGGUCAGUCUUCCAUAUUCUUUAAAAAGGCAAGCAGAAAUCAAAGUAAUUUCCAAUUUCACUAUUGCAAUACAAAGAUAUGAAUAUGCAAAUGUAUACCAUUCGAUGAACGAUAUAUUUAACGUGUUUCUUUUACAUAUUUUUUUUCACAAGGACCCAAAAGAUUCCAUCAUAUUAUUUGCAGAUGGACACCCAAAAGGACAUAUAGACCCGCUUUGGGAAAAACUUUUCGGGCGAGUAAUUCGAGUCCGACAUUUAAAGCAACCAGUUAUUUUUAGAGAUAUGGUUUGGCCAAUGCUGGAAAAGUUUUCUCCUUUGAACUUGUUUGAUCUGAAGCAAGUUUCUUACAUUGAUCACUUUAGGUCCUUUGUAAUGAAUAAAUAUGGAAUAACUCCGAGGUCAGCACCAAACUGUAACAAUAUAAACGUACUGUUCAUUUGGAGACAUGACUAUUUAUCUCAUCCGAGAAACCCGAAAGGAAAACUAACGCGUAAAAUUAUCAAUGAAAAUGAAUUAUUCAGUGCCACCAACGUAUCUUUUCCUGAUAUCCGAUUCACAGCAGCCGAUCUUGCACCUAUGUCAAUGACAGAACAACUUAAGUUGAUUUCAGAAACUGAUAUAAUAAUAGGUAUGCAUGGUGCUGGCUUAAUGUUGGAACUAUUCCUUCCUCCAAAGGGAGGUCUUAUUGAACUGCUACCUCGCAAUCCCAAAAACUUUUCAAAGAAGCAGCACGAUCUCUUUAAAAACAUUACUAGACAUAUACCUUUACAUUAUUUACAAUGGCAGAAUAAGGACAAGAGAAAUGAAGUUUCUGAUGGAUAUACAUAUAUACCUACUAAAAUUGUAGAAAGUUUGUUGAAAACUCUCUUAGGACAAGUAUGUCCAGGUGGAAAGUAUUAAAACACAACGAUUUAACUCACUUACUUAUGUUAUU